AGCGGGGCAGCGCGCGGGGCCGUCCCUUCCUGCUGCCGGGCCGGGCGCUGCACUGAAGCACGUGCUGGUGCCCAGUCCUGGAGGUCGAGGUGCUGGUGGGGCACAGCGCAGCAUCUCCCUCCAUUCAUCUGCCACAGCCGCACCAUGGAGGUCAGCCAUUCAGUCAAGGAGCGCACCAUCGCCGAGAACAGCCUGGUCAUCCUGCUGCAGGGCCUGCACGGCCACGUCACCACCGUGGAUCUCCGUGAUGAGAGCACGGCCACGGGACGGGUGGCCAACGUGGACGCCUUCAUGAACAUGCGCCUGGCCCAGGUGACCUUCACAGACAGGCGAGGCGUGGUGUCACAGCUGGACGAGAUCUUCGUGGCUGGCAGGAACGUGCGCUACGUGCACAUCCCCGACCAGGUGGACAUCAGGGCCACCAUCGAGCGGCAGCUGCAGGCCAUCCACCGCGUGCGCUACUUCGGGGGCCGCGACAAGGGCAGGAGGGAGUUCCCUCGUGCCAAGCACAAAUGAGCCCCGCUGCCUCCUUGGUGGGACACCGAGUUUUUCUGUAAUGAACAACCCAACUUCAAAGGGUCGGUGAUCUUCGGCUCCAUCCCUGUGCAACUGGCAGCUACUCUUCUAUCCCUCUUCUUACGGUUUUUCAGCUUUCAAACAAAGCCCUUUUGGCCACAA